AACUUGCUCCUGGCUCCACCCUCCGUUAGUCAACUACGUGUUGAGACUGAAGCCUUUAACUCACAAGCAUCUCCUUCAGAGGAGUUGAGAGAGACGUUCUUUUAUCCGGAGGAAUAAAACUAUCGCACAACGGUUGCAAGUUGGUCUGCGUCAGAUUUAAACCGACUUCUUUCUUCGGCUUGUGAAUGUGGAUUUUAUCUGCAUUUAUCCGACUUGGAGUUCUGCAUGGAAACAAAUGAUAUCUGAACCCACCGAAAGGAGCGGAGAGACAGAAGAGGUGGGUGUCGGAUUCAAGGCUGUUUGUUUCACGUCUUGUUUUGUACAUAAAUUGUGGAGAAGAGUUUGUUUGAAUUUGGUUUUAAGUUGAGAAGUAGCUCAGCUGUUGCCGCUGCCGCUUUCCUAAUUCCCGAGGGAGGUCUUAAAAGUUUAAUCCUGCCAGAAAAGAAAGUUCCUGAGGAAGCUUUACAGAGGAAAACAGGACGCACAAACAGAGAACCACAAAUAUAUUGAGACAAUGGCGCUGAAGGCCAGAGUGUUGUACGAUUUUCACUCUGAAAACCCAGGAGAGAUCUCCAUAGCAGAGAAUGAGAUGGUUACUUUGUUCAGCGAGGAGGAGCUGGAAGGCUGGCUGGAGGGGGAGAACAGCAAGGGGGAGACUGGCCUCCUCCCUGCCUCUUAUGUUGAGAUCAUCAGGGACCACAUCACCUCCAGCACCAGCAACAAUGGCUACUCAUCACCCAAAACCAAAGCCCAGUCUCCUGCUCACACCUCCCACACAUCAUCCGACUCUCAAUCUCAAAGAGGGUUUGGGGCUGGCAGUGGUGGAGACAGCUUCCACACCAGUCAGGGCAGCGAUGAUGACUGGGACGAUGACUGGGAUGACAGUUCUCAUGCACCAGAGGUGGCUCAGGGCUUUGGCACCACCCCUCCCUUGUACCCAGUUACCACCUCCUUGCCAGGGCGCGGGACCGCCCAACAGCAGCAGCAGGCAAAGAGCUCGGCAACAGUUGGGAGGAACCUCAACAGGUUCUCCACCUUCGUCAAGUCUGGUGGUGAAGCCUUUCUGCUUGGAGAGGCCUCGGCUUUUGUGAAGGAUGGGGACAGGAUCUGCGUGGUGAUGGGAAAGCACGGACCAGAGUGGCAGGAGGAUCCCUAUCCAUUCACAUGCACCAUUGAUGACCCCACCAAGCAGACAAAGUUCAAAGGCAUGAAGAGCUACAUGUCCUACGGCCUUACACCGACACACACCAAUGUACAAGUCAACCGCAGGUAUAAACAUUUCGAUUGGCUCUACGCUCGGCUCGUGGAGCGUUUUCCUGUCAUGUCUGUGCCCCACCUCCCUGAGAAACAGGCCACGGGGCGCUUCGAAGAGGACUUCAUCUCCAAAAGGAGAAAAGGUCUGAUAUGGUGGAUGAAUCACAUGACCAGCCACCCUGUGUUGGCCCACUGUGAUGUCUUCCAGCAUUUCCUAACAUGCGGGCCGAAUGAGAAGGCCUGGAAAAUGGGCAAAAGGAUGGCAGAAAGGGAUGAGCUGGUCGGGGCCAAUUUCUUCCUUACAAUCAGCCCUCCUGCUGUCCCUCUGGACCUACAGGAUGUUGAGAGCAAGAUUGAAGGUUUCAAGACCUUCACCAAGAAAAUGGAUGAGAACAUCACGGUCGUGAACACGGCCAUUAACGAGUUUGCUCGCAAACAGAUAACAGGGUUCAAAAAGGAGUACCAGAAAGUUGGACAGUCCUUUAAAUUUCUGGGUCAAGCCUUUGAGCUGGACCAGCAGGCCUACUCAGCAGGCCUGAACAAAGCUAUUGCCUACACCGGCGAUACGUAUGAGGUGAUAGGAGAAUAUUUUGCAGAACAGCCACGCCAAGACCUGGACCCCAUUUCUGACCUGCUGGACCUGUACAGAGGACAUCUGGCCAAUUUCCCUGACAUCAUCCAUGUGCAGAAAGGUGCACUGACCAAGGUGAAAGACUGUCCUACGCAGGAAGGUGAGCUUCACGACCGCUGCAACAUUAUAUCUUGCGCCACACUGGCAGAAAUCCAGCAUUUCCACCGCACACGUGUACGAGACUUUCGCUCACAGAUGCAGCACCACCUCCGCCAGCAGAUCAGCUUCUUCCAGAAGAUAACUACUAAACUAGAAGAUGCCUUGCAGAGAUAUGACGAAGACCAGUAGAAUGAAACAAAGUCUUGUUGUCGUGGACUGUGAGAGCAUAAAGGAUUUUGGAUUAAAGGAAGACAUAGUAAGGAUCGACUGAUGCAUACAUCCUCUUGUACUGGAGAACAUCUCAUUCUUCUUUACAA